GUUCUUCCUUCGCAUAAUUCCCUGCCCUUUUCUUUUCUUUGUCCAUUUGUUUUGUCAAUUUAAUUUGACUAUAAUUUUUUAAUUUAAAUUUGAUGAAGUCUCACAUUUUCCCGCCCACUAAACACGUACUAUAUAUAUUCAUACACACAUAUCAACACAAACAAAACCCUAUCAGUUCUCCUGUUCUAUCACAUCAUCAUUUUCAGUUAAAAUUUGAAAUUAUCUUCUCCCCUGAGUUUUUGCCAGAAGAAAAUCUCUGUUUCCAUGGAAGAUUCUGCAGCCAAAGACCACUCCUCUGCCUCUGGUAGAUCGACCUCGAGGCUCCUCCGUUAUCCUCUCCGAUCGGCAACCAAACAGAAGGAAGAGAAACUGCCGCUGGCCGAUUCCUCAAACCCCAUCUCCGCCGCCAAAAGGACAAGGGUUCUAUCUAGUGUGAGCAAAAGUGUAGGUCUUCUCGACCUCUCUGCGAAGGAGAAAUCUUCCGCAAAACCUCCUAGGCGGCUCUCGGUGCCUAACAAAAAACAGAAUAUCACCCCAACUCCAAAAUCUGUAGGCAGUAUCACUCCAAUUUCUGAGACUCGGGCACAGAGGUCUGCCAUCAGCCAGGGAAAAAGUGAUACACCCCGUUCUGACAUUUCAAGGUUGUCGGCUCGAAAGAAAUUCAGUACUCUAUCUUCUGCGUCUUAUUGGCUGUCUCAAAUUAAGCUGUCUGAAUCUGCUGCUAAGCACUCUAUCUCCCUUGGUUUCUUUAAGCUUGCUCUGGAGGCUGGGUGUGAGCCUAUUCAGCGAUUGAGUGACGAACUAAAGUCAUACGUGCGCCGCCAUGACCUUUCUGAACUUGGAGAUUUAGUGAAAGCGCUUUUCGAAGGCUAUAAGAUUCCUGAAAGCUUUGUGCCAUCCCAGGCAUCUGGAAACUGUUUUCAGGUGCCUUCGGAGGGCAAUCCUUUUUCUGAUGAUGAUGUUAAAAGCUCUUCAUCUUCUAUAACGGAUGCUGAGAAGGAGCAGCAGAAGCCUGUGGACAUAAUAAUAAAUGCUGAUGAGACUGAGCAAGUCAAGGAAGCAAAUAAAGAGGGUUCUGAGAAGGAUGAUACUGUGAAAACUACCAAAAGAUCGGUGCCGAAGAGGACUGCUAGCUCUAAGUCUGAUUUGGAAGUCAAAGGUCGAGGUGUACAAAAGAAAAAACAGAAGCCGGCAAAGAAAGAAUCUUCUCAGGUCAAGGACAAAGUGAAGAAGCAGGGAAAGAAAUGUGUUCAAGAGGAAGUUGCUUGUUCUCUCAUUCUGAAAUCUCCAGCAGAGGAAACCCAUGAAGAUGGCAAAGAAAACAUGUAUGCAUUAGCGCCCCAGAUGCCAGAGAUUGGUCAAAUCGAAGUCUAGGUGAACCGUAUAAACCUCUGUGCGGUUCGUGAUCUUUAUUAUAAAGCAGGGUUUUAUUGUAUAGGAUAUAGUGGAGUGGUUUGUGAGAUUUAAAAAACUUGUUGGGUUUUCUUUGUUGUUUGCUUGCCUUAUUAUGUGGAAUUUGCUUGUCCAUAUUAUAUAUAUUACACAGUUAAAUUUCAUUUCAGAUUUGUUGUUAAUAAGUUCAAAUGUCAGUUUGAUUUUGUUUUUUAUGCCCCUGAGAUGGCUGGAAUUUUUUGCUUAUAUUUUUUCGAUAAUUCCUUCAUAGAAAGUUUCUCGUACAGGUCCCUGAAAUUGAUUGAUGGACCCAACAUCGUAUAAUUAAUUAGUAAGUAAAUACAUUUUUUCUUUACUCAUCAAUUUUGAUAUAAAGUUCUAUAACAAUUACACCAAUUUAAUUGGUUUGGGUAAAAUAGAGAAAACUAUUUCAAUUCAGUUUUGCUCGUCAUCAACACAUAUCUAUAUGAGUCUGUGAAGAACUUGCCAUGAUUGGGGUUUAAAUAUUUCUGGUUGUUGCAUGUCAUUCAAAUUUUAUUGCAG